AACGCAUACAAUCUUGUUUUACUUUCUCUUUCUUGAAAAUGUCGGUGCACGUAAACAGUCCUCAUUUUGAGAAGGAAAUAAUAGCAUGCGGAAGAUUUUGUCGUGUCAAGAAACACGGGUUGUAGCUUCGCACAUUCUGAGGAAGAAAGAGUUCAGCUGUAAAUACGGCCAAACCUCUAUUUGUAAGAUGGAAGGAGAUGGACAGACUGUCAGGGUAUGUGGACUACCGACGGACAUUGAGGAAGAAAAGCUAACAGAUAAGCUCUACAUCCACUUUUUGAGGCAGAGAAACGGAGGUGGGGAAAUAGCCUCAGUCGUCACCUCCAAAGUCCAUCCUGGCUGUGCACUAAUUACCUUUGAGGACAGUAAAGUGGCUCAGAGGGUAGUUCAGCACGGAAAACACAUCCUACUGGUUGACGAUGAGAAGUACGAGCUUUCUGUGAGUCUGUUCAAGAGAAAUGUGAACCGAGAUGAGGUUCUUGUACAGUUACAGCUCACUGUAAACUACAGCCAGCUUCCACUGGGAAAAGGGACAGUGACCCACCUACAAAAAGGCUUCCCUAAUGUGGAGCUGAAAUUCAACCCUGAGAAAGAGCUUUGUACCUUGAGUGGUAGCUACUCUGAGGUUCAGGCCCUGAUCAACCAGAUUCUGGGCCUUUUAGAGACACAGGCACCCGGAGACACCUCUGUGCUUGGGACAGAUGGACAAGUAAGCAAAAAGAACCCUGAUAGUAAGGGAAAGCAUCAGCACAGGAGCAGCAAAAGUCAGGAGAAGAGCACACAGCCUGGAAAAACCCUUGAUUUGAAUGUUGGAAUAUCUGGGGAAGCGAAGUCAGAGAGACUUUAUUACUCUGGCCUUGAACAGGAUGAUUAUGGGGUGCGGGCAGCCCAUACAGAGGAGCCUUCACUGGAGGACUACUCCUUGGUUCUGGACUCUGACAUCUUCCGCUACCUGCAGCAGUUCUGUGGUGAAGAAUACAUGCAGAUCUUAAAACAGCACAGGGUGGAGGUUGUGGAUGUUACCACCCAGGAUGUCACCACGCUCUACCUGCGGGCUCUGGAGGGAGCAAAGGGUGGUUCGAGGAAGCAGCUGGACCGUAUACAGCAGGUGCACGGGGAGCUGAGCCAGUUGUACCAGGAGAAGGAGAUCAAGUUACGAAAGGAGCAGCUUCCCAAGAGGUGCCUUCUCACGACUGACCUCAGGGCAACUUGCAAGGCCCUGCAGCUUCUGAUGCCCAAGCUGAUGCUCACUGAUGAUGAAACAUACAUUUACCUUGUGGGCAGCAGCAGCGACGUCUCUGAGGCUAAACAGCAUCUCCUUUACAUUCGAGAUUCAGAGGAAGGCUUUAAGCAGAAGACAGCAAAUUACACUCAGUCAGGGGAGCAGGAGGUGAGGGAUAUACGUCUCUUCACCUCCACGCCCAAAACACUUGACAGCAGUGAGGACAAGCUGUACAAAGGAACCAGAGCUGUGGGAGCAGAGGCAGGUAGGCAGUACAUGUUAGCUGCCAAUUUCAAGGAAGUCAAGAAUGAAACUGCUGGGGAAAACUGGGUAAAAUCCUCACUGGAUGAUACAUUUUCACAUGUAGAUACACAGAGAGAUUUCUCCUCUCCUAAUAUAAAACAGAUGACAAGUAAUGAGCAGAGGUUAGGCAGUGGACGAGUUCAUGAUGGGGGUGGACUUAGAAAGUUACCUAUCCUUCAAGGACUAAGUGAUCCUGGUCAGAGUAAGCUUUUUAAAAGGACCGACUCUGCAUCUGCCUCCACAAGUGAAGUUAGUUCACUCCGGACCUUGGUGCCAACCAGUGCUGUGUUACCCAAUAAAGCAAAAUACUUUAUGGGCUCUCCUUCUACCUUGCAGAGUGACCUAUUUCAGGAAAAAAGUCUCUUCAAUACUGUAGCACCUUCACCGAAACUGGGAGCCCAAUCCACUCUGAGAAGGAGUAACAGUUUUUCUGGCUUAGUGCGCUCUCAGCAGGAUGAGAAAGAAAGAGAUGCGUCAAAGGGCAACCAAAGUAAGAGUAAAACUGGAACUACUGGUGUCAGUGACAGCAUAGGGAGAUGGGGAAUCUACAGUCUGGAGGUUCCUGUUUCAAAAGACACAUGGAUUUACAUGAAGGAUAUGUAUCACACUUGGGUUGAGGACAUAAAGUCCUCUGUGAAUAUCAAGGAAGCUAAAUCGGCAGACCUUUUCACUCUCGUGUUGAGUGGGACUGACCCAGAAAAGCUCAGCAACUGCCAGCAAGAGGUUAAGAAGCAAGUAUCUGCUGUUUCCGCUGAUUUUACCGUACAGGAGCUAUCACUGACAAAGCUGGGUGCAAAAGACCUAAACAUAACCUUGGAGAUUUGUUGCACGGAAUUGAGAAGAAAGUUUCAUAAGGUAAAGAUUGUUCAAAAUCCAGAGACCAUACAUCUUUCGGGACCAAAACAGUUGUGUGAUGAGGUGCAUCUUAAUAUAAUAGAGGCCUUAAGUAAUGCAAAAAAAAGGAAGAUGUCAAAGGAAGUGGAGAUCUUCGGGGUGGAUGCCAACCAUACCAAUUUAGCUCCCAGUCAGACUCAGCACUCCCCCCCUCAGGAACAGAUCGAAUUCCAUAAAGACCAAGAGAUUCCCUACAAAAGUGGCAGAUUGAUUAAUGGAAGUCUACUUCGGGAUUCUACCAGCAGCAGUAAUACCCUGGACAGUGAAGGCACACAGAGAGAAGAUGGAAGUGUGCCCAGCAGACUAGGAAAAAACAAUAUCCAGACAUGUGAUUUGGCAACCAGUCGUGGUGAAGGUAAUCAGUCUGUUAUGAAGCAAGAUUCUGUUUUGAAGCAUAUGGGAAGGUAUGGGAAAACAGGCAGAGCGAGCUUCAGUACUGAUACACCUCAGACUCCGCUGAUAGAGGGCAGCCAGAUUGCUGUAGCACAGAGUGGACCAAAAGUACUGUCAUCCUCUGCUUAUAAGACUCAGAAGGUCUUGGGGCCAAAAGAGAAAAAUACACAGGCGAACGCUCUUAAUAACCACACUUGUCUUGAUCCAGAAGACCAAAAAAAUCCACUUUGGGAGCACUCCAAACAGAAGGAUCCCAAAACUUUGAGGCGGACACACGAGGAGAUCCAGACUCAGGAAUAUGAAAGCAAGACAUGUGCAUGUGGAACGAGGUUGGCUUGUGGUUUUCCCUUCUGCUCCAAGUGCCCUGUGGAGUCCCAUUACACUUGCAAGGUCUGCCACAAAGGAAGAGAAGUCAGUGGCAUCAGGGGCAAAAUAAGGUUCCAUGAGAUGUCCUUCAGCUUGCCUGGACACCCAAAGGACAUGACACUUAAGAUUACCUACAUCAUUCCGAAUGGUAUCCAAGGGGAGAAGCAUCCAAAUCCGGGGGCCCCUUUCGAAGGAGGCACAUUUGAAGCGUACCUCCCACUCAACGAUCAGGUGCGGAGGCUGCGUCCACUGCUGGAGAAGGCGUUUUAUCGGGACCUGACUUUCACUGUCUCUGGGGAAGGCGAGGUCGGCCAGGUCAUCUGGGGCAGCAUACCACACAAGACCAGUAUGGAACUCAAGUCAAAAAAUGGAUACCCAGACUCCAGCUACCUCAGAAAGUUAAGUGAAGUGCUGACAGCUUUGGACCUUGAAGAUGGCAGAGAAAGUACAAGAAGACAUGAAAAGAACAAAACCUGAAUAUUGUCUAACCUACAUUUACUUAUGUGCCUUUACAUCAGUAUAUAAUGAUAGAUUUCAAAAUUACUUGUAAUCACUUGUGAAUUAUGAACAGGUAAUUUGAUUUGUAACAAUCUAUUCCAAUCCAUGCAUAUCCAUUACAGGCUUGGGGGGGGGGGUCUGGAGCCUAUCCCUUUAAGCAUAGGGUACAAGGCAGGGGUGCCCUAUGGAUAGGAUGCCAGUCUUCUGCAGGGCAUGCCACAUGCCACAUUUCUGUAUAUUUUGCAGUCUUAAUUAUGCAACUAACAGCUGAAUGCGAAGAAGUGCAUUUUUGGCAGAAGCUACCACAAUGUAGAAAACCACGUGCACUUGAUAAUCCUCUUAGCUUUUUGUACCGCAUAGUCUUCCAGGAUUUUAAUAAAACAUAGUAUAAAGACAUCCAUGCAAACAUGAAAACUCAAAAAUAAUUUUCUGUUCAUUUUACAAAGCUUUUGAGGAAAAUAUUCCGGGCUGUCAGCUUUAGUAAAUAAUUAAACUGAUUUUUUACAGGGUGAAAAUUGAUACCAAAAUUUUUCAAUUUUGCUGGAAAAUUUAGAAACAGAAAAAAACCUAAUGAGGAUAUGUUUAUAUGUGCAAGUAGGACUCCUGACAUAUGCUGAUUGUCAGUCUAAUGUGGACAAGCAUCAACCACUGGAUAUAGCCGAUGUGGCCAUUUGUGGAUAAGCCACAUUAGUGGAAGGCCCAGGUACCAUGGUUUAUUCAUAUCACUGAAGAAGCGAUAACUACGUUACCUAUAUUUCUGCAUUUAUUGACAUUUAUUUAUUUACCAAAUGCUUUUGUCCAAAGCAAUAUACAAAGGAGGCAGCUAGAAUAUUACAGGAAUAUUCACUUUGAUAGUUAUAAACAGUCAGUCUUGGAUGGAGUGUUGGAAUUCCAAAUUUUCCACAGCAUGUAAGUUACACCAUGCCGCUUACUCACAGCAACUACACAAUCAUUUCUUAUAUGGUGUAGUACAGUAUAUAACAUUAUCAUUAACAAUUUUAUUAACGGUGAGAAAAUGUCUAUAGUAUUAUUGGUUGGUUUAAAAACUUGGAAAUGACAAAUAUGUUUUUGUGGGACUGUUUUCCUUCAAGCAACAGCAUUCUAUCAGUGUCUGUGUAAGUAGCACUGCGGUUUCCCUUCAAGAUUACGGGUUUAAUUCCAAUUUGUAUGCAUGUGUUUGUAUGUUUUCCCUUUGCACUGAUUUCCUCCAGAUCCUCUGGAUUUCUGUAAGUGUACGACAUGACGGGCACGUUAGCCCAUUGUCAGCAAAGCUGUCUUGCUCCACGUUGAAUAAGCAGGAGGGAUGAGAUGGAAUGGUUUUUUUGAGAGAUAUGCAAAGAUGAUCCAAACUCCGUAAGGUCCACCUGGGUUUAUGUUUGGAUGUGGUUCAGCCAUGGCAUCAUUAGAAAAAACAUAUUUGCUGGCUGUAUUGCACACAUUAUUCUCUGACAUGCAGGCCUGAAUGUAAAUAAAAUCUACAGGAAAAUGCACAAUCCUACAAUUCUAUUAUGUAAAUCCAUCAUCAUAUUCUGUAAUAAUAGCAUUUUGUAUGGUGUGUUUUUAUAAUAGUAAUUACAUUUGUAUGAAGCAAAACAGAAGUGUAAAGUCUAUGAAAGUUGGACUGUGAUGUGGUCCUCCAUGUAGAGAGAGAUUGUAGUUUUUAAUUUUCUACCAGGGGACAGUAUAAUACACAUUUGAUCCAUUAAAUAGAAUAAUAAAUUCUAGAGGAUGAAAAAGACA